AUGGUGGUCACCGCUCCGCCCUCCGUCGACCGGACUUACUUCAUCCCAAACAGCACCUUCGACCCAUACCAGCAGGACCUCACACUCGUCUACCCAGAUGGCGUGCACGCCCUCGUCGCCAACGUCGACGACAUUGUCUACUUCAUGGGCCUGGCCGUCAAGUCUACCCUGAUCUUCGCCAUUCAGAUCGGUAUCUCCUUCGUGCUGAUGCUCGUCAUCGCCCUCCUCACCAAGCCGGAGCGCCGCGUCACCCUCGUCUUCUUCCUCAACAUGACGGCUCUGUUCACCAUCUUCAUCCGCGCCAUUUUGAUGUGCACCACCUUUGUCGGAACCUACUACAACUUCUACAACUGGAUCAUGGGAAACUACCCGAACUCUGGGCUCGCCGAUCGAGUCAGCAUUGCCGCAGAGGUGUUCGCCUUUUUGAUCAUCCUCUCUCUGGAACUGUCGAUGAUGUUCCAAGUCCGCAUCGUGUGCAUCAAUUUGAGCUCGUUCCGUCGUCGGAUCAUCACCUUCAGCUCGAUCGUUGUGGCGAUGAUUGUCUGCACCGUUCGCUUCGCCCUGAUGGUUCUCAGCUGCGACUGGAGAAUUGUGAACAUUGGCGAUGCCACGCAGGAAAAGAACCGCAUCAUCAACCGCGUCGCAUCGGGAUACAACAUCUGCACCAUCGCCAGCAUCAUCUUCUUCAACACAAUCUUCGUCAGCAAGCUGGCCGUCGCCAUCAAACACCGCCGUUCGAUGGGAAUGAAGCAGUUCGGACCAAUGCAGAUAAUCUUUGUCAUGGGUUGCCAGACCUUGCUCAUUCCUGCAAUCUUCGGCAUCAUCUCCUACUUCGCUUUGGCCAGCACCCAAGUCUACAGUCUGAUGCCCAUGGUCGUCGCCAUUUUCCUCCCCUUGUCCAGCAUGUGGGCCUCCUUCAACACAAACAAGACCAAUUCCGUCACCAACAUGAGGCAACCAAACGUCUACCGUCCCAACAUGAUCAUCGGCCAGGACACAACGCAGAACAGCGGCAAGAACACCAACAUCUCCGGUACGAGCAAUAGCACAGCCACCACUAGCUCCUUUGCGAGCGACAAGCGUCGGUUGAACCUCAGCUUCAACACCCAAGGCACGCUUGUCAACAGCAUCUCGGAGGAAGAGGUCAAUAACCCGCAAAAGUUGGGUCCGAGCGCGACUGUGGCGGUGAUGGAUCGUGAUAGUUUGGAGUUGGAGAUGCGGCAGCAUGGGAUCGCGCAGGGGAGGUCGUACAGCGUUAGGUCUGAUUAG